AUGGCAUCGCCUAGUAACGUCAAGCCUUACUCAUCAUGGGUUCAAGAAGGCGAACAUAGAUAUACUCAACUGUACGGAUUCCAAGAAGUCCUCUACAACGCCAUAUCUGCGCCUCCAGGAUCUCCAGCUCUCUUUCUUCCAUUCUCCCAUGUGACCUUCAAACAUGUAAAGGGCGGAGAUAGGCUAUCAGAUCAUAGUCUCGCACUAUGCAUCCGCAUAGCCUGGCUCCAGCUCCGACAGAAUCACCCACAGCUUGCAGCAGUGAACCUGCGUGAGGCGAAGACGUACAUAUCUCCAUCAUCUCGAACAGAACUCGAAGAAUGGCUAGACGCCACAUUUAUCGUGCUCCCCGAGACAACUGCGAAUGAAAUAUGGCGAAACGCGGUGAAGCCUCGUCAACUAACACUGUAUUUCCUUCCGCAAGAGCGCCAGCUCUGCCUCCUAGGAGAGCAUCACACAAUAGAUGGACGGGGACUCAUGAAUUUCUGGGACAGACUCUUUAGGGCUCUCGGAUCACCUCAGCCUGAUGAGGUUUUAUGGAAAACUGAUGGAUCCGAGGUCUCUAGACUGCCUCCGCGAUCCGACGAUCUUCUAAAUUUGGAGGAAAAGAGCCCAGGGUGCGGUGUUUUGCGAGCCCGCGAGAUGCUUUUGCCACUCAAGUCACCGUCGCCUAUUCAUCUUCCCAUUGCUGAGCAUCAACUCGCUCGGCCCUUCUCUCGGAAAAACGCAUCAGUCGAGCUACGGCUCAGCGUGGCUAUGACCCGAGCAAUUGUCUCGACGUGCAAAAGGCAACGCUUAGGUGUAACGGCAGCCUGGCACGCGGCCAUCAUCCUCGCCACCCAGACUACACAAGCGAAUUAUAUGGCCCCAGGUACGCAGUUUAGCGGUUUCGCCAACAUUGAUCUCCGCCGCUACUUUCCCCCAAGCUCUGUUGACGCCUACGUGUUCAACAAUCACUCUACCAUACUACCAUUUUCAGUCAGGCCAAACGGCAAGAGCUUCACGUAUUUAGCGCGCGAGAUUAACAAUUUUCUUUCACGCGACCUAUCUUCAGCUGACCCCGAGGUUUGGAGCGCACUGGGCCCCAUGAUUCAGUCGCUGGUGCCGGGGUUCACGGUGCCGCAUCUCACCGACACAACACCAGCUGUGUCCAGUUUGGGUAUCAUAGAUACCUACAUUGCUUCAAGCUAUCCUAACGGCAACGGUAGGAGAGAUGAUGGGUACUGGGAGAUUGAGCAUGUGUGGUUUGGAGACACGGUGUGUGGACCUUGGCUGGAGUGCUUUAUGUGGUCUUGGCAAGAUCAGAUUUCGUUGAAUACAGUUUACAACCCAGCUUAUCAUACGCAUGUGGAAGUAGAUAAGUUCCUCCAAGUCGUUGUUGAGAAGUUUAUGGACGGGCUGGGCAUUAUUAUACGUGAGGGAGAUGGGAUGUCAAAAAUAUGA